AUGCUGACUUUUAUCCAGCUGAUCAUUUUGCUUUUCUGGACAAGCAUUAGCUCAGCUGAUGCAGAGAAACUUUUCCAUAAUCGGGAUCAUUCUGAUAUGCAGAUUCUUAAUUCCCACCAAGCGGAGCUCAUAACAGACAAGUACAAUGCAGAGUUGUUUCUCUCUAGAUAUGGAUUCAUUAAACCAGUCAACUGGGAGGAGAGUCAAUUUGAAGAUUCAGACGCUUCUUUUGAUGAUGACUUCCUAGAUGAUCUUCAAGCCAUGGUCCAGGAGGGGACCUCACUCCCUCAUUCAAGGGAUGCUCCUCCAGAUGGUGAUCAAUAUGACCGCAACAGUAAAACUAAAACCCAAGCAUUUAUUUCAGCACUUGAGGAGUUUCAGAAGGUAUCAGGCUUGCCUGUCACCGGUGUGUUUGAUGAGGCCACCAAAUUGGCUAUGAACAAACCAAGGUGUGGAGUCCCUGACAAGAAGCUUGACCUAAACAUACCUGAUGCAUCUGAAAACAGUAGUGCCUCAGAUAUUGAAAUCAGUCCUAGUAACUCUUUUAAUGAGACUGACAGUAACAACACAGCAAUCCUGCGGAAACAUCAUCUUGCCACUCUUAUAUCCAAGAGUAGGCGCAGGAGAGAUUUGAGUCAAACAGGUUACAUGGCCUUUUCUAAGAAAGUUUUGAAAUGGAGGUUGAUUGGAGAAGGCUACAGCAAUCAGUUGUCUAUCGAGGAUCAGAGGUACAUCUUCAGGCUGGCCUUCAGGAUGUGGAGUGAAGUGUCUCCGCUGGAGUUUGUAGAGGACACACGUUCCCCACUGGAAGAUAUUGAUAUCAGGCUUGGCUUUGGCACAGGUAGACAUCUGGGAUGUAAUCAGAGGUUUGACGGGACUGGUCAGGAAUUUGCCCACGCCUGGUUCCUGGGUGAUAUACACUUUGAUGAUGAUGAACAUUUCACUCAUCCUAAUGCCGGCAGUGGCAUCAGCCUUCUUAAAGUCACAGUUCAUGAGAUUGGUCAUGUUUUGGGUCUGCCUCACAUCUACAGACCUGGAUCUAUAAUGCAGCCCAGCUAUCUGCCCCAUGAGUCUGGCUUUGAGAUGGACUGGAUGGACAGGAAAGCCAUACAGCACCUCUACGGAGGCUGUAGGGGUCAAUUCAGCACUGUAUUUGAUUGGAUCAGAAAGGAAAAGACACCUUAUGGGGAGGUAGUUGUCCGCUUUAACACCUAUUUUGUCAGAGAUGGAUGGUACUGGCUAUAUGAAAACAGAAAUAACAGAACACGCUUUGGAGACCCAGUUGCACUGCAGAUUGGCUGGCGUGGAAUUCCUGUUGAUGGAGUUGAUGCACAUGUGCAUGUGUGGUCCAGAAAAAGAGAUGCAGUUUACUUCUUCAAAGGUACUCGGUUCUGGAGAUAUGACAGUAAUAAUGACCAGGUGUUCAUAAAGGACGCAGAAGGUCACCGCUAUCCAAGGAUAAUCUCUGAGGGUUUCCCAGGGGUCUCGGGUCCCAUUGACACAGCGAUAUAUGACAGGAGAGACUCCCACAUCUAUUUCUUCAAAAGCAUGCUUGUGUAUGCAUUCAAUGUGGAGACCAAUGGCUUGGCAAGAGGCUUCCCCAAAAACAUCCGAGAUGUUUUCCCUCCAGUGGUGAGUGGAGAUCAUCCAGAUGGCAACAUUGACGCUGCCUACUUCUCCUACACCCACAAUGCCAUCUUUCUUCUCAAGGGCACACGCUUCUGGCAGGUGGUGAACAGCCGUGAUCGUUGGCGCCGGCCCUCUCUGCCACGAAAUGGCCUGCUGCCACACAAAGAGGUGGAUCAGUACUGGUUCGACAUCUGCAAUGUUCAUCCCACUGCACUCAAACUAACCCGCUGA